GCCACCUCGCUCCUGUCUGUCUGUCUGUCUGCUUCUCUUCCUCCGCAAAACAGCCCACCAGCAUGCCCCCGAAGAAGCCUGAACCUAAGAAGGCCGAACCUAAGAAAGAAGAGCCCAAACCAGCACCAAAACCAGCAGAACCAGAGCCCAAAAAAGAAGUUGAAUUUAACCCAGCUUCUAUCAAAGUUGAAUUCACUCCUGAUCAGAUUGAAGAAUUUAAGGAAGCGUUCUCACUCUUUGACCGAACUCCAAAAUCUGAGAUGAAAAUCACAUAUGCACAAUGUGGAGAUGUUUUGAGAGCUUUGGGGCAGAAUCCAACUCAAGCUGAGGUCAUGAAGGUGCUUGGCAGACCCAAACCAGAAGAAAUGACCUCUAAGAUGCUUGACUUUGAGACCUUCCUGCCUAUGCUCCAGCAUAUCGCCAAGACGAAAGACACCGGCACCUAUGAGGACUUUGUGGAGGGUCUGCGUGUGUUUGACAAGGAGGGCAAUGGAACUGUGAUGGGGGCUGAGCUUCGCCACGUUUUGGCUACACUGGGUGAGAGGUUGACUGAAGAGGAAGUUGAUAAACUAAUGGCUGGUCAGGAAGAUGCCAAUGGUUGUAUCAACUAUGAAGCAUUUGUGAAGCAUAUUAUGGCUAACUGAAUACUAGGACGAGAUAGGCGCCGAGAACCCCAGAUGCUGGCCUUGGAUUUCGAUGUAAUGGAAUGUCUUCUCAAUUUACUGCCCAGAUUCCCAUUACAUGGCUACAAAAUGUACUUUCCCUGAAGUUAUUUGGAUAAAUGUUUUUUUGUUUGUUUUGUCUUCUUUGUUCAUGGGAAGAGGAUGGCCUUUGUGGAGAUUCAGUACACUUGGGAAACUGAAGAAACUGGAAUAUGAACCUGGGCAUUCUCUAUUUCUUUCUUUU